CACGUCGAUUUUUGUUCAUUUUCGAAGAGAUUCAUAUGGAAAGGUCUGAAAUAAGUUAUUCUUGACAACGGGAGAAGGUUGAUGAGACAAAUAAGCUUUAGGUUAUCGCGGAAAAUAGCUCAAAAUGGAGGUACAAUGUCGAUUGUGUCUCGGUCAAGCAUCGGCAAAACUUGUGCUGUUUUUGACGAACGAAGAACUGCGUCUAAUGGUGGAUAGCGUAUUUAACUUCAAGAUUACAUCCGAUCCUCAUUUACCAGAAUCUGUUUGCCUGCAAUGCUCUUCAACAGUACAAGAAUUUUAUCAGUACAGUAAAAAGGUGCGCACUAAUCAAGAACUUUUGGAAGAGGAACACUUGGUUGAAUCUGAUAAUUUGUAUGAAAAAUUAGACUUUGAAAACGUACUAGUGGACGACACAUCAUGUGAGAAUAUAAAGAAUGAGUCGAGCAGUGCAGUAAAUAACCCAGUGAACGAGCCCCACGAUACCAACGAUGGGAGUGUGAUACUCUAUGGUGAUAUAGAAGAAAAACUUUCAGCCCACGAAGUCCGAAGCAGUACAGAUACCAUUACAAUCAACCGCAACCCAUCGAAUGGCAGCUCGCAAAAGACCCAAGGGUUUCAAGGUGAAGUCUCUGAUGAUACUUCCGAGGCAACUUUCCAGAAUGGAAAAUACUUUGAGCAAGCGCAAGAGCAAGCUGAUAGUGCGAAACUAGAAGACAGAUUUCUUCGCUGUGAGCUGUGUGAUCGAUUGUUUAGUAACAGCUUGCAUUUCAAAACGCACCAGAGUGAACACCGGAAAAAAGAAUGCCCCGUAUGUGGAAAAAACGUAUACGCCAAUUACCUUCCGAAGCAUAUCGCUGAUAUGCACCAGACAAAACCAACAGCGAGCAAGAAGCGUCACGAGAAUGUUAAGCUUCCAGCUAGCCAGUACGAACGUGACCGUAUGAUUGAUUUGUUCAUAGGGAUUCGCUGCGAGCUGUGCCAGUUCGGAAUCUAUAAAACCUUUGCCGAUCUACAGGUGCAUUAUCGUACGAAACACGGUGUACAGGGUUACGUGCGGUGUUGUGGAGGCAAGCUCGAAACGCAAAGUGCUGCCGCAGAACAUGUUCUGCUUCAUCAGGGUGCAUUUGCUUGCAAGUUUUGCGAUAAAACGUUCAUUUCCAAGAGAGGUUUAAUGAAACACAAGGCUACUAAGCAUGAUGAUAAUCGUGAAAGUCGAGUUUUCCGUUGCCGGGUUUGCAACAUAAUUUUUAACAGCGAAGAGAAGUUUGUUAAUCACAGAAAGAAGCACGAAAGGAGAGAUUGCCCCAUUUGUGGAAAGACUGUCAGGAAUACCUACCUGCAAAAGCAUAUUCAUGAUGUACACACGGGCCCUUCUAAAAUUGAAGAACAUUUCUCAUCCACGGAACGGCGGACAAAGCAAAGUAUAUACGAUCAAAUGAUUUUGGAUAAUUUAGGAUUGCGUUGCGAGCUGUGCCCAGAGUCGGCACAAAACUUCGAACAGUUCAGUAGUUUACGCACUCACUACAGUACGGUACAUAGCAUGCGUGGAUAUGUCCGUUGCUGUGGGAAGCAAUUUUUCAUCCGUUGCCUGGCAGUACAGCACAUAGCGGCCCACAAAGGCACGCACCGCUGCCAGCUGUGUAAUAAAACAUUCAGCACUCGAACCAGUUUGACGAACCAUAUAGGCAUCGUACAUGCAUCGGACAAUCCUGAGGAUCGCUCGUACGAUUGUGAUGAGUGUGACAGAUCCUUUUCUACCAUACCACAGCUAAGGGUGCAUCAGAAGCGACACAAACUCACGCAAACCGAAUGUGCACUCUGCGGCAAGAGCGUCCGAUCGGACUACAUUCAGAAGCACAUUGCAACGCAGCAUGGCGAGAAGUGCAAGCAGCUGAUAUGUCAUGUUUGUGGCAAGGCUUUUUCUACCGAGUGUGUAUUGAAAGCGCACAUUAAACAGCAUAUGGAGCCGCAUGCCGUUCAAAGAGCAAAACCCGAGCGAACAGAGUGUGCUGUAUGUAAAAAGAUGAUCCGGGGCAAAUACAGCAUGAAGAAACACAUGAAAGAUAUGCACGGCGAUGCGAGCAACCAGCAAUGUACCGUUUGCGGCAAAUUUAUACGCUCGUCAACGGCCAUGAAGCAGCACAUGCGGAUACAUCAGGGUAGAGGAAUGGAAAAGCUUCAAUGUCCGUUUUGCUUCAAAUGGGUAAAGGGCAAGAGUUAUCUCAGGAAGCACAUUCAAUGUUUGCACGAAGAAAAAGGGCAACUUUUUCAGUGCGACGUGUGCCAGCAUGAAAGCCCCAACAGUCAGGCACUGGCAGCACACAAGCAACGUGUCCACGAGUUUGUGGAAAGUGGUGAUAAACUGAAAUGCGAAUACUGUGGGAAAAGUUUCAAGCGUUUGAUAUACCUGCGAGAGCACAUCGCAUUGCACACCGGUGAGCAACUCUACACGUGCGAGUUUUGUGGUAAAAAGUUCAAAUCAAAUGCUAAUUACUACUCGCACCGGAAAAAGAACCAUUCGGAGGAGCUGCAGACGAAAAAUGAAACCGAACCUAAUGGAGCUUAACUAUCGACAAUAGGAAGCAUACUCAUAGCGCGUUGCGAUAAUCCAAACGCCUCAAACGAUAUUCGUUUUGUUAUGGAUAAGGAGAUUUAGAAUUUAAGACCCUAGUAACAACUGAACAAGCUUGUAUAUUAUCUGAUAUGAAAAGUAACAGACCAUAUUUUCGCGUGUGUAACAUCACUUUUCUUGCACACCAACAAAGCAGCACAAUACUCUUUCUCAUCAACUCUGUUAUCGCAGCUAAAUAACUAUUAAGUUAAAUAAGAUUUUUUGAAAUCUACGUUUGCAGGCAGUUUUGAAUUAAUUUAAAAUUUAUUUGGCUGGUCUCUUUUUAUUUUAUUUAAAAAUUUUAUACUGAUAAUCAUAGAAGUAGAAGAUACAUGGAAGCAUAGAAAUUAGCAAACAAAAAUAGUAUUAAAAAACUGGAAAAAAGGGUUUACUAGUGGAAUUUUGGAGUACCCCGGGACUUGAGUAUUUUAUUUUAUUAGCAUAGGCCUAGUUCCAUCUUGUAUUUUAUUUUUCCUCAGUCAUGUCUGCCCAAUUGUGGGCUUGCUUGACACUGCGCGUAGAAUCCGGGCUUAGUUGGGGAUCAAACCCAAAUCUUGUAUUUUCUUUAAAUUAAUAAACAGAGACAUUUUGCAUAUG